AUGUAUCAUGCCUGUUUAAUAGGCGGGGCUCUCUCAACCUUGUUGGAGACCUACCGAACGCAGGCCGAGUUCUUAGUGGUUUACUUGGAGGAAGCACAUGCCAAGGGGGAGUUUGGUAUGGGAAGCAAGAUGAGUAGGAACUCGAGACACACUUCUAUUCAUGACAGAAUCAACGCUGCAAAGGAUCUUGUGGCGCUGGACAAAGCUUACCACGGAUGUUUGAGUGAAGACGUUUCCGACACCAGUCGAGUGCGUGUCGUCGUGGAUACCAUGGACAAUUCAUUCACGUCUCGAUUCGACGCAUUCCCCGAUCGCGUCUUUAUCAUCCACGACGACAAAGUCGCCUUCGUUGGUUCCGACAUCAUGGACCAGAUGGAACAUCCCGAACAGCUGAUGACCGACGAAGUCCGUGAGUGGCUCAAAGAGAGAAUGUAAGGGUGUACUGCCCGUCAUUAAACUCUAGUCUUGGAGAAGGUUUUUAUUUUAAAGCGAGAGUCAUCGUGAGCUUGAUCGCUGCUAUGCAUACAGUUCAACACCCCGUGUCAACGGGCGAAUGCGUAUUCUCCCCAAAGUGAAAGGCGUUCGUCGACUGCACCAUCAAACAUCAACACCGGAAAGGCGGGAAGCAACAUUAUGUCAUCACGUGAGACAUGAAUACAAGAAAUUUAUAGUUCUAGUAUUUAAGAAAUCGAGGGAAGCAUUUCAAGCAUCGAUCAAUUAAUUUAUUGUCAAAAUUUCCGUGUACCUAUGUUUGAUUCUAUUUCUAAAUUUCAUGUACAAUACAUCUAUGGGUAAAAGCUUAUUCGUGUGUCCCGAUUUCUCUUCAAAACUACCUCACAUGAGAAAAAUAUGAGGGCUACAAGUGACUGGAAAAUGCAACGCCUGGCAUAAGACCAAUAAACCAUGGAGAUAUCUAUCUGUUAUCUCCAUGAAUAAACCUUGCUCUUAAUUUGAUGCAUGAACAUGCUCAACACAUUUUGACCAAGUGUCUUAGUGUUUCUUUUCCAGUAUGAUGAUUUUUAUGAACUUUAAAAGUUGAGCUAUAUAUGAUUUAUUUUCAGAUUUCAAGUCGUAAAUAGUAUUCACACAGCAUACAAGCUAUUUUGAAUAACCACUAAGAAGAUUCUAAGAAACGGAAUCCUUAUACGUAAUACGACAAUCUGAUAAAGUUAUUCUUUGGGGGAAAAAAAAUGAAUGUUAACCAUUUCCUGUAUUAGUAAUCAUGUUGUCCUGAUCAUGCACGAAUGAUAUCUUGAUCACAUGGAAAUUAGAAAUGAAAACAUCUAGUUAUGAAUCGUUUCAUUUUAGAUUUCGUUAGAAUUUAAGGUGUUAUUGUAUUGGUGGUAAUAUAUUAGCAGCUGUUAUAUGAAAUUGGGCAUUAACUCUAAUUAUCGACAGUCUUUGAAAUAACCAUGUCUUUGCUGGGAGAAAAUCUAUCUCUUCUAUGUUUCCUUUUAGGCCUAUAUACAAAUUAAAUAUAUAUACAAGUAGAUGACGAGCACGAGAAGUAGAAUUUAUUUAGAUGAUUGCACACGUUGAUUAUUAACCACUAUAACACGACACCUCUACGAUAGCAAUUUCACAAGCAAUUUUUAAUUUAUACACUACACAUGUCUAAAUUGUUUGAAUAUCAGGGCACGAAAUAUGAUAUUAUACCUCUAAAUUUGAAAAUAUACCCACAAAUCCUUUCAGAAAACAUUACAGUUAGCUGGGCAUUACUAUCCGUAUAACAAUCUUUCAAAGUAUAUCGUUUUACACACCUUUUCAUGAAUCAUUAUUUAUCCAAAUUUUAUCUCUACGUAUUCAUUAUGCAAAUGUCUACAAAUGAAACAAAUAUUUUUAUAAUUAUGAUAUAUUCUAAUACAGUAUUCCAUGUUAUCUACUUUGUGCAAGUCCCUUCGUGUUAUCCAAAUCAAUUUUAUCACAAUAAUGAUGUGCACUGUGUUCAUGAUAUAUCAUUUUGUAAUCAAAUAGUUGUAAAUGAGAAUUGUUUGUACACAACUGGUUUCAAAUAUCUACAGUGUUUUAUCUGGGAUAGAUAGACAUAAUAUAGAACAACUUUUUCGAGGGGAAUUACGUUGAUGCGGAAAAAUUCAGGACUUUAUUCUACCUGCAAUUGGCAGCACAUUAUAUUUUUUUUUACAAUAUUCAUAGAUAUUAUUUUACCUUCCAUAAUCCAUUCUCGUUAAAUUCGUACUGUAUUAUUAUUCCUUUAUCCUCUUUUUCCCCUAUUUUCUUGUUUUCUAAAUUUUCCCUAUUUUAAUGUGUUCUUUUCACCUUGAAAACAGAGUACUUACCUUUUAUUCUGUAAUGGCAUCUGGCCCAACAGCGUAGUAAUGGUAUAUACAGGAACCAGCAGCUUGAUAAGUAAAUUAAGAAAGUAUUAAGGUUGGUACGUCGUUUUGGAUGGCAGAAAACAAAAUACUCAACCAAACCAUACACAUUUAGACACCAUGUUAGAACACGAACCCAUGUCCCGAAUGUAGUAUUAUUUGUAAAAUGUUUCAGGUAACUGGCAUUUUCAUUAUUCUGAUGUAUUUCUUUUGAGAACAGAUUAAAGAUGAAUUAGUCACACCAACUUUAAAUAUCACACAAUUGUAAAAGGUUCCAAUCGGUUCAUAAAAUGCCAACGGCAGUGUUUCAAAGCAGCUGAAAAGUGUACACUGAUACACGCUAAAACUUAGAAAUGUAUCAUAAAAGUGGAUAAAACUAAACAUGCUCUAAUUUACCUACAAUUCAUGUGUACUGUAAUUCUGUGACAAACUCAAUAGGCGAAAUUAAUUUAGUCAUUUCAUGAUUUAUUUAUUUUUGCAUUAUAUUCUUCAUUCUGAAAUGAUUCUUGUUUAAUCGUCUGGUGGAAUGAUUUAGAAUUUCGAAUGAAGGAAAAUUUUACUGGGUUAAGAAGUUGACACUUGGCGUUCUAUAAAUCAUUGUACAACCUUAUACCACAUCGUCGAAGUUUAAACAUGGACUAAAAUACUUUUCUAUGAAUAUCAACCGAGAAUAUUUAUCAUACCAUUUUAUCAUGACUAAUUCUCUUACUUUUCCGUCGUAUUUCUAUUUUGCUUUCGCACGUCCACUGUUUUGUAACACAAUUCUGUGCUACAGUAUAAACCCUGGUCUCUAUUUCUAUACGUGCACUUUCUAUGUAAAGCAUUCCUAACACUUUCAUUGUCGAUUGUAUUCAGAAAGAAAAGAUAUAUUAUGUUGGAGUACUUAGAUGAGUCUCACUAGUUAUUGUACUUUUAGUAAUUUAUUCAAUGCGAGAUGUGCGUUUUUGUAUUUGUAUUAACGUGGUAGAUGUUGGAAAGAGAGAGAAUCCGUGGUUUACGGUAAACCCAUGAAGACAUCGCGCGAAAGAUAUUCAAUAUCAGUGUCGAAGUUGGAUAAUUUAUUUAUCAAAGAAAUCACGGAUUCUCUCAUCUCGUAACAUUCUCCAUUUUGGUAUAUUACUUCCAUGUGAAUAUAAGUGUAAUGUAUACAUGUCCCCCUUAGUGUUCAUGCACAGCGAGUUUGUGGUGUUCUUAAUAUUUGGAUUUCUAUGAAAUAGAAGAAAGAUAUUAUUAGAGCACGUGGUGCACAUAUUGCAAUUAAAAAUACACUAAAAACAAAA